AUGGAGGAGGAGGACACGAGAGACUACAAUGAACCCUGUGCCCAGUGUUCAGAGGUCAACUGGGGCCUUACAGAUGAAGGCAGAUUUUACUGCAGAUCCUGUCACAAUGUUAUUGAAAGGACUAGAGAAGUUUUAACUGGAGACGCUCCUUCACAUGCCAGAGCACAGUCUAUCUCUAGAGGAUUAAAAAGGAAAACCAAAUUUGAGAAAGGCUGGGAAUGGUACAUCGUUGAAGGAUUUCAGUAUAUACUCCAGAAGCAAGCUGAAGCUCUGCAGUCUUUAGGCGUUUCUUCACAGAUAAAGGAUGACGUUCUGUGGAGUUUAUGGAAAAAUUACCUUCAGAAGACCAUGCAGCCAUAUUGUGACAAAUAUCUCAGUGAUGCUACCAGUGACGCCUUACCUUCAUCGGACAGCGAUAGUGAAGUGAACAGGGAACUAGAUGUUAUUAGACUUCUUGGCUUGUCUUCAUCUGGAAGUGAUACAGAAGUAACAACUGAAUCUAGCAUUGGAGAGACUUCUUCUGUUACAUCAGAAAUGUCUGACUGGUCUGGUUCAGUGGAUGGGAGCUCAUAUUUUCGGAGGAAGAAGAAAGGGGAAUUGAAAAUGUCAAUGCCAAUGACCCUGGCUUUCUGCUAUAUGGCAUUGCUAUGGUUGAGGGAAUCGAUUACAUUAUCAGAUCUCUUAAGGCUGGUAAUGGAUGGUCACAUUCCUUACGUGAAUGCGUAUAAAGAUUUCCCGGAGGAGAUGAAGGUGUAUGGGGUUGACUUCAAGAUCUUCCAUGUAGAGUCUUGGCCUGUUUAUGAAGACGUUCAUAAAAAAAUGCAGUCCCUUGCAACAUACUUGGAGCUACCUCGUUUUCCAGAUAUAGCAGAGGACAGCUACUUUCAUCCAAAUAUUCUCUGUAUGAAGUAUUUAAUGGAAGCCAACUUGCCUGAUGACAUGCACAAUUGGACUUGUACAAUAGUCAAAGAAAUUGGUAUUGGUAAAGCAGAUUUUCUGACACUUCACCCUGGGAAAAAAUCAGUCUGGAAAGUGAAAUACGAUAUUAUGGCAGUAGCUGUUGUCAUAGUGGUGCUGAAAACGCUUUUCUUGCUGGAUGAUCAAUAUGAAUGGUAUCUGUCGAAGUACGCUGAAGAGAGAAACAAAAAGAAACGAGAAGGCAUUCCAGUUUUUGAUAUCAGAAAAUGGUACAAGGUUGUAAAGAAGGCUAUGGAUGUGGAGCAAAAGAAAAUGGAUGAAGAAAGAAUCAAGUUUUUAUGGAGAUGUGAACAGCCACUCAUCCACUUACCCGCCAAAAAGUCUGUCGUUCUCAAGAGCAGGCAAAUGGUAACCGUCCUUCAGAGACAGUUUCGAUCAUUGUCUGGCACCGCGGAGCAUACCGAGAAGAAAAAGCCUUCAAGUUUUCAGUUUCACUGGACAGCAGAAAGGCCUUGUUUUCAUGGGCACCGUCUGGAUGGAGUCCUGCAGCAGGAGGGCCACAUCCUCGCCACUCAGGACACAGAGUAUUGGUUGGGUGCGGCAAAACUGUGCAAAGAGAAGAAAUGUGGUCACCUGGCACACUAUAAAGAGUCAGACUUUCCUCAUACUUACCAGUUUGUGUUAAGCCUGUUCUCCUUCAUCCUAAGGGUCCAGCCUUCUCUCAUCCAUGAACAGGUGUGUGCUAUAGAACACGCACUCUUCUAUUCAGAGAUACAUGAGAAACCCAGAAUUCCCCAAGAUAAAGAAGUACAAAGUCUUGAAGAUCUUGGUCUAGGAUAA